AUGCCCACCCUUCGCUCCGCCCUCCGCAACCUGCCUGCAGCGCUGCUUGCACUCGCUGCAGCCUGUGAGGCACAGAACGUCGGAAAAUGGGGCCCCAUGGUCAAGUUUCCUGUAGUUCCCGUUGCUGUUGCCUUGGUUCCGGAGACGGGCAACUUGCUAGUCUGGUCCAGUGGUUGGCCGAACCGCUGGACUACCGCCGGUAACGGAAAAACAUACACGUCUCUAUACAACGUUAAUACCGGGAACAUCAGCGACGCUAUCGUUCAAAACACCCAGCACGACAUGUUUUGCCCAGGAACUUCUUUGGACGCAGAUGGACGCAUUAUAGUUACCGGAGGUUCUAGCGCCGCAAAAACCAGCGUCCUUGACUUUAAGAAGGGCGAGUCCUCCCCGUGGACGCCGCUGUCCAACAUGCAGAUUUCGAGGGGGUACCAGUCGAGUUGUACAACUUCGGAAGGGAAGAUAUUCGUCAUCGGCGGCUCCUUUUCCGGAGCUGGCACACGAAAUGGAGAGGUCUACGACCCCAAGGCUAACACUUGGACGAAGCUGGCUGGGUGCCCGGUCAAGCCGCUCGUCAUGCAGAGAGGCAUGUUCCCCGACAGCCACGCAUGGUUAUGGUCAUGGAAGAACGGCUCUGUCCUUCAGGCAGGCCCUUCCAAGAAGAUGAACUGGUACGAUACUAAGGGCACUGGGUCAAACACGCCCGCCGGCCUGCGGGGCACCGACGAAGAUUCCAUGUGUGGCGUUUCCGUCAUGUACGACGCGGUUGCAGGAAAGAUCUUCACCUACGGCGGUGGCAAGGGCUAUACCGGCUACGAUUCAACCAGCAACGCCCACAUCUUGACACUUGGUGAGCCUGGGCAGGCUGUCCAGGUGCAGAAGCUUGCGAACGGCAAAUACAACCGCGGCUUCGCCAAUGCCGUAGUCAUGCCCGACGGCAAGAUCUGGGUCGUGGGCGGGAUGCAAAAGAUGUGGCUCUUCUCGGACACCACGCCCCAGCUCACCCCGGAGUUGUUCGACCCGGCGACGGGGAGCUUCACGCCCACGACUCCGCAUACCGUCCCCCGCAACUACCACUCCACGGCACUCCUGAUGGCGGAUGCCACGAUUUGGUCCGGCGGGGGCGGUCUCUGCGGCGCGAACUGCAAGGAGAACCAUUUUGACGGGCAGUUUUGGUCGCCGCCGUACCUGUUCGAGGCCGACGGGGUCACCCCGGCCAAGCGUCCAGUCAUCCAGAGCCUUUCGGACACGGCCGUGAGGGCGGGAGCCCCCAUUACCAUCACCAUGCAGGAUGCCGGUGCAUACACGUUCAGCAUGAUUCGAGUCAGCGCAACCACGCACACAGUCAACACGGAUCAGCGACGAAUUCCGCUGGAUGGACAGGACGGCGGAGAUGGCAAGAGUUUCACGGUCAAUGUUCCCAACGACUACGGUGUCGCGAUCCCAGGGUACUAUAUGCUUUUUGCCAUGAACGAAGCUGGAGUGCCUUGUGUGGCUCAGUUCUUCAAAGUUACUCUGUAA